CCCGUGACGUCAUCACGCACGGGCGACGCGCUGACGUCACGCGGCCUUCCAUCAGCUUCGCUCGUGAGUUAAGCGCCAAAGUCGUCCAUCUCGGUGAGCCAUGGUGGACUACAGCGUGUGGGACCACAUCGAAGUGUCGGACGACGAGGACGACACUCACCCCAACAUCGACACGCCGAGUCUCUUCCGAUGGCGACAUCAGGCGCGCCUGGAGCGCAUGCAGGAGUCCCGUGAGGAGCGAGAGGCGGUGGAGCGUUCGCUCUCGGAGUGCUCCCGCCGUGUGUCCGAGUGCUCCCGUCGCCUCGACGCCCUCGACCCCCCGCCGCCGGGGUUGGCGGAUCAGCGCGAGAGGCUGCAGGCGGAGCUGGCGGAGCUGCGGCGGCAGCAACUCGAGUGGAGGCGCAAGGAGGCGGAGCUGAGGAGGAAGGAGCGGACACAGCCCUGGAACGUCGACACCCUCAGCACGGAGGGCUUCGACAAGGUGGUCGGUGAUCAACCCCCCGAAGAAGGUGGAGAAUCUGAGCGGGCCACGUCGGAGGAGGAGAGGGAGGAGAAGCAGCGGAGAUUCGUGGAGCAGAAUGAGCGACUCAUCAAGCACUUCGGGAUGCUGAAGAGAUGGGAGGACAGUCAGCGGUACCUGUCGGACAACCCGGACCUGGUCUGUGAGGAGACGGCCAACUACCUGGUGAUAUGGUGCAUAGACCUUCAGGUGGAGGAGAAGCAGGCUCUGAUGGAGCAGGUGGCCCACCAGACGAUCGUGAUGCAGUUCAUUCUGCAGCUUGCAUCCAACCUGAAAAUCGACCCACGCGGAUGCUUCCGGCAGUUCUUCAACAAAGUCAGGUCAACGAGUGACACCCACUACAUGGAGGCCUUCACGGACGAGUUGGAGUCCUUCAAGGGCCGUGUCCGUGAGCGUGCCCGCGUCCGUCUGGAACGCGCUGCUGCUGCGUACGAGGAGGAGGAGAGACAGCGGAGGCUGGGACCUGGAGGCCUGGACCCUGUGGAGGUCUACGAGAGCCUGCCACAGAUCCUGCAGAAGUGCUUCGACUCCAAGGACAUUCAGCUGCUUCAGGAGACUAUCACCACCCUGGACCCCACGGAGGCAAAGUAUCACAUGCAGCGGUGCGUCGAUUCCGGUUUGUGGGUCCCGAAUCGUGACGAGCCUCCAGCAGCAGAGGAGGAGGAGGAGGCGGUGGAGGCUGAGGCUCCUUCAGUGGCGGGGGUGGGGGAAUGAAUCGGUGAAGGAUUCAUCGGUGGUGGGGGAAUGAAUCAGUGAAGGAGUUGAAAAGGAUGGGGGUUUUUGGGGCAUCUGAUAGGGUUAUAGGGGAUCUAAGGGCGGGGUUAUAGGGGAUCUGAUGGGGUUAUAGGGGAUCUGAUGGGGUUAUAGGGGAUCUGAUGGGGUUAUAGGGGAUCUGAUGGGGUUAUAGGGGAUCUGAUGGGGUUGUAAGGCAUCUGAUGGGGUUGUAAGGCAUCUGAUAGGGUUUUAGGGCAUCUGAUGGGGUUAUAGGGGAU